ACAUUAAAUCCUUAAAUCCAUUAAAUAACUACAACCUUGCCAUAAAUUCCAAGUCGACCCAAGAAAAAAUUUAUUCUUUACCCCCCGCCACACGACAUGUGUCCGUGUUCCUCGCAAUUCCUAAGGGCUAUAACUGCACGUAUUCUCCACCCGGAUAAGCAUUCACUUUCCAAGCCCCCACCAAGAAAACUGAAGCAUAAAACAGUUACCAAAACCAAAAACCAAACCCGAAAAUGAGACUCCUCCUCCUCGCCGCCGCCGCCGCCGCCCUGCUCCUCCUCCAAGUCUCGGCCUUCGGGGCGGCCCCCGGGGAGCCGCUGCUCGGGGGAUGGACGCCGAUAAAGAACCUGAGCGACCCGUACGUGAGGGAGAUCGCUGAGUUCGCCGUCAAGACGCACAAUGACGAUGCCAAUACGGGGCUGCUGCUGAAGAAGGUGGUGAAAGGCGAGACCCAGGUCGUCUCCGGGACGAACUACAGGCUCGUCGUCGAGGUCAAGGACGGGGCCAACACGAAGAACUUCGAGGCCCUCGUUUUUGACAAGCCGUGGGAGCAUGUCAGGCGCCUCUCGUCGUUCAAGGCCGUUCACGGCAGAGCCUGAGUUCAUCGUUUCGUCGUACUUCUUCUGAGUUAUUACUAGUAAUCCUCGGUCAUAUUACAGUUUCAGCAGUUUGAGAAUAAAUUAAAGAGUCUGCAGAAGUGAGAUCUGGUUGUUUGUCGUUAGGGAUGGAAGCUUCAGUCCGAUCUGAUGCGCUGUUUCCGUUUGAAAACUUCGUUGCAAUUCGAGAGAUCCCAUGUUUUCCUUUC